AUGCCUUUGACUGUGGCAAGGCGUUUGGGUUUUGAGAAAUACAAGGAGUGUCAUUUCUCUCUGAUCCUUGCUGAUAGAUCAGUUAAGCUUCCAGUAGGUAUGCUUGAAGAUAUGCCACUCAAGGUGGGAAGUGUGAUAGUUCCAACUGACUUUGUGGUAGUAGAGAUGGAUGAAGAACCCAAAGAUCCUCUGAUUUUGGGAAGACCUUUCCUUGCCACUGCUGGAGCUAUAAUUGAUGUGAGAAGAGGCAAGAUUGAGCUGAAUUUGGGUAAAGACUGCAAGAUGGUGUUCAAUGUAAAAGAUGUUAUGAAGCAACCAACUAUAAAUGGUGAGUCGUUUUACAUUGAAACACUUGAGCAGCUAGCCGAAGACUACUUGGAGGAAUUGGGAGUUGAGGAUAAGCUGCAGCUGGCUUUGACUAAGGAUAAUGAGGAGUUUGGAUGUCUACAAGCAGAGAGUAUGGGUUAUGCUUGGCUUAUGGACUCACACAGAGCAGCAAAAGAAGGGACAGGCUUUGAGGAGUUGGUUCAGUCAGAAACGAAGAGCAUCCGGGAUGGAAAACAGGUUGAGAACCUGUUUGCUCUAGAGUCCAAACCAAAGGAGGAAAGCUCUCAAGAGCAAGGCACGGACGAUGACUGGUCUGAGCUCAAGGCUCCCAAAGUCGAUCUCAAGCCACUCCCAAAGGGGCUCAGGUAUGCGUUCUUAGGCUCUAACUCCACAUACCCUGUCAUUGUCAAUGAUGCAUUAGACCCCCAUGAGCUUGAAACCCUCCUUGUCGAGCUGCGAAAGUACAGGAGAGCUCUUGGAUACUCGCUGGACGAUAUCAAGGGUCUCUCCCCUACUCUAUGCACUCACAGGAUCCAUCUCGAAAAUGAAUCAAAGGGAUCUAUUGAGCAUCAGCGUAGGUUAAACCCCAAUCUUAAAGAAGUAGUAAAGAAAGAAAUCUUGAAGCUUCUUGAUGCAGGAAUCAUUUACCCUAUUUCGGACAGUACUUGGGUUUCUCCAGUACAUUGCGUCCCAAAAAAGGGUGGGAUUACUGUCAUCAAGAACGAAAAGAAUGAAUUGAUCCCAAGUAGGACAAUAGUUGGACAUAGAAUGUGCAUUGAUUAUCUGGUUUUUUCCAGGUUCCAAUUCAUCCAAAUGACCAGGAAAAGACCACAUUUACAUGUCCAUGGCACCUUCGCAUAUCGAAGAAUGCCAUUUGGAUUAUGUAAUGCCCCAGCAACGUUUCAAAGAGCCAUGCUUUCAAUCUUUUCGGAUCUAAUAGAGGAAAUGGUUGAGGUCUUCAUGGACGAUUUCUCGGUCUAUGGCUCUUCCUUUUCCUCUUGUUUGUCUAAUCUAUGUAGGGUGCUGAAAAGAUGUGAGGAAACAAGCUUGGUUUUGAAUUGGGAGAAGUGCCAUUUUAUGGUGAAAGAGGGGAUAGUCCUUGGCCACAAGAUCUCAGAGAAAGGCAUUGAAGUGGACAAGGCAAAGAUAGAAGUAAUGGUGCAACUUGGGGAGCCAAAAUCAGUUAAGGAUGUGAGAAGCUUCUUGGGACAUGCGGGUUUCUACAGGCGCUUUAUCAAAGAUUUUUCUAAGAUAGCAAGGCCACUCACAAGACUCUUAUGCAAAGAAACAGAGUUCAUCUUUGAUGAAGAGUGUAGCCAAGCUUUCUUGAAGAUCAAGGAAGCCCUUGUUAGCGCACCAAUUGUCCAAGCUCCAAAUUGGGAUCUCCCCUUUGAGAUAAUGUGUGAUGCCUCAGACUUCGCAGUUGGAGCAGUGCUUGGUCAGAAGGUGGAUAAGAAGAUGAACGUCAUCUACUACGCAAGUAGAACGCUAGAUGAUGCUCAAACCCGUUACGCGACAACCGAGAAAGGAAUUACUAGCCGUGGUGUUUGCUUUUGA